GAGCUUUUAUUUUGAAGCUACAGGAAGUAUUGUGACGAACUCUCAAAUGUUUCCGGGUCACCGUUCUCCGCUUUCACAGUGUAAACACAGUAAAAUAAUUACGAAAAGAAGCAGUUCAGUCACUUUUAAAUGGAUAUAGUCGUUAAAAUAUACUUGUGAACUAAAGAUUAUUUAACUGGAUGAGUAUUUAAAGGCACAUUUUUAGGAAAAAUCGCAUAUUAUGGAUACCGGAGGCUCAAAGAGGAUGAAACCCCGCGAGCUCCCGCCUCUUCCACAGCGAGGACAACGAUCACUUCCUUCAAUGCCGAGUCAAGACACAGUUGGAGAAGUACCAGCGACAAAACAUAAGAAGAAGAGGGUGAGAAAGGAGACGAAUGGAGUCGAUGAUAUGAGCGAUCACGGAAUGGAAAUGGGAGGCUACGGCAGCCGCAGGGAGUCUGAGAUCGGAGAGCAGCUGAGCUCCGAAGCUACGACGGAUGCACCGCCUCAGAGGAGGAGGAAGAAGAAGAAAGCUGCUACCAUCGAUCUUGAUGAUGACCAAGCCGACCUGGUGAACGGAGAUGCAGCAGAUCAGACCACCGAUGGAGAGGAAGUGGUCAAAAAACCCAAAAAGAAAAAGAAGUCCAAAGUGGUUGAAUCACAGCUUCCCGAUGAGUUGGACGUAGAGGAGGAUGAUAUCGUCACGGGAACGCCUCCUCCCAUCCCCCAGCAGUCCCUGUUCACGGCCCCGCAGGGUCACAGCCGUCCGGUGGGGAAAGUGUUUGUGGAGAAGAGCAGGCGUUUCCAGCCUACUGAGCGCUCCAACUGGAGGAAGACCAGCGACCAGACCGACAUCAUGUCGGACUUCGACAUUACGAACACCAUGACCACCAAAGACGUUUCUAUGAGCGUGCACAUAGGCUUCAGGAGGUUGGGUAUGUAUUUUCAAGGCUUCCUGGCGGGCUACGCCAUGUGGAACGUGGUGUUGGUGUACGGGUUAGCGGGGCAGCACCUCACCGCUCUGUCCAACCUGCUGGAGCAGUACAACAGCCUGGCUUACCCCUCACAGUCUCUGCUCAACAUGCUGCUCACCAUCAGCACGGUGGCCGCCUUCGACAGAGUGAACCUGGCCGAAGGCACUGAUGCUCUGCAUGACUUCAAGAGGCUGAACCCCCUCGCUGUGGCCUCGUUCUUGUAUUUCUCAGCAUUGGUCCUCAAUCUGAGCCAGCAGAUGACCAGCGACAGAAUCAACUUGUACCCAACCUUCAACACAACACUAUGGCCCCCAGGAAUGGAACACCAGAUUCUCCACCCAUGGGCGACAGUCAACCUGGUGGUGGCUCUGCUGGUGGGGGUGGCCUGGUUCCUCAUCUCCACCCAAUCAGAAAAAGAUGAUCAUACAGAGAAGUAUCUGAAUGAGAUGGUGAUUGAGCCUCUGAAGCCAGAGGACAAGUCAGAAAUGACCGCCUGAAAAACAAAAAUACU